AUGGCGAAGCCAGAUUUAUUAUGUGCAAUUGCUUCUUCUUUGCUGCCUCCUCCAACUUCUCGUGCUGCUGCGCUGCUGCCGCUUAAGGCAUUGUUUGUUUUUCUUGGAGAUGACGAGUUCGAGGGAGCAGCAGAACAGCUUAUGCCUACUCUCUCAGCACCUGUUCUGCGCUACCUCCAUAGGGAGUGCAACAACCCUGAGUGGGGGGCAGCGUGUCUACAGGAGGCGCAGCACGUCUUCCAUUUGAAGCUGACGCCUCCAGACAUGGUCUGGACAGCUUUGGCUGACGAGCUGCGCCUCGUGUUGCAGCAGCAGUUGGAGCAAGAUGAGGAUAAGCUGCAGCAAGACCAGCAGCAGCAACUUCAGCAAGACCAGCAGCAGCAACUGCAGCAAGACGAGGAGCAGCUGCGGCAAGACCAGCAGCAGUCCGGUGAAGGAGGUCGUGUGGGCGACAUUCCACGAGAUGCAUCAAAGCGAGCAGCAGCAGCAGCAGCAGCAGCAGCAGCGCAACAAGUAUUGCAACUGGCUGCGCUGUUUGCAGACCGCAUUGCUGCACCUCUUGCUGCUGCUGCUGCUGCCAGUGGUGCAGCAGACGCAGCAGCCAUCUGCGGUGUACAAACACUGCACGGGUUCGCUCAGCUGUUGACCCUUGUUCUUGAGGGAUGCGGAGAGAUCGCGCCGACGCUGCAGCAGCUGCCUCUGGGUCGGCCGCUGCUGCAGCAAACGGUCGCCUGCCUCAGGCGUCUGAGGCCCUUGAGAGCCAACAAGGAGCUGCUGCUGCAGCACAACCGCGCUGCUGCUGCCUCAGCCCACGCCACGCUCUCUCAAGCAGCAGCAGCACCUGCUGCUCCUGCUGCUCCUCUUUCACUGCAGGAUGACGCUGGCAUAACAGCAACAGGAAACGAAGCAGCUGCUGGAGAAAAAACCAUUUCUGCUGAUGAUGCAGGGGAAGGCGCCGUUCCAGCAGCCGGUGCUGCUGCUGCUGUAGCCUCAGCCGAGUUUUCAGGAUGCCACGAAGCGAUGCAGCCGUGGCUGCAGCAGCUCUUACAGCAGCUGCAGCAGCUGCUGCAUGCAAUCAGCAGCUUUCUAUGUCAUGUUGAAUCUCUUCUCGUGCAGCUGUUGGCAACCGAAGAGGCUGCAACUCCUGCAUUAGAUACUCUCUUCUCCCUGCUGGUCGGUUGCUGUUGGUCAGCACAAACAUAUAUCUCCAUAUUGAAGAGCAGCAGCAGCAGCAGCAACAGCAACAGUAGCAGCAGCAGGAGACGCCUCAUUUGCGACACCGACGAGUGUCUGCGCGUGGCAGCGACACUUUGGGACUGUUUAGGUAGCAGCAGCAGCAGCAGCAGCUGUAGCAGCAAAGCAGAAGGGCUGGUUGUCGACUUGCUGCUGCAGCUGAAUGACGCGUGUGUACCUGAACGACCGGCGGUCUUGGAAUCGGUGAUUCUAGCCGGCCUUCAAGGCAACGGUGGGAGCAGCAGCAAGCGCCUCAGCAGCAGCAGCAAGGCAGAAAGCAUCUGGCGGUUCAGUGCCUUCUGGCGGCAUGCAAGGCUGCAGGUGUACAGGCCGCUUGGUCUGCUGCUCCCCAAUGCUGUGCUGCAGCUCCUCGCAGCACUUGAAGACCCUUUGCCAGACGUCAGGUACGCAGCACGCGUCUUUGUGCGGCUGGGACUUGACACAGCACCGCAGCUGCUACGCCCUGUCUUCGACUGCAUCUUGAGUGCUCCUCCGCCGUUUCAGCAACAGCAGCAUCACGACGAGCAGCAGCUGCUGCAACAACAGCAGCAGGAGGGGCCGGUGAAAGAGGAGCAGUUACAGGGGGUGUUGCAGCACAACUUGCAGGAAAGUCCUAACCAGGAGGGUGGUGCUGCUACUGCGGUGGAAGCGACUGCUGCUGCACAUUGGGGUCUUGAGCUGUUGCAGCUGCUCCUUCUUGUCGAGGGGCAGCUGCUGCUGGAGCGCAUGCAGGCAUUUUACGUUGAAGAAAAUCUGUUGCAGCAAAAUGCAGUGCAGGCGCAUUUGUGGGCGGCAGCAAAUGGCUCUCGAGGCAACCUCGAUGGCGAGGCAACGAGUGCAGUAGCACCAGGAACAACAACGGCAGCAGCAACAGCAACCGCAACAGCGACAGCAGCAGCAGCAGCAGCGGCAGACUGGCGCGCCUGGACGUACAGCGAUUUCUCUGUUGUUGAUUACGUCGAUUUGUUUUGUGUUGUUCUGCUUCGCUUCAUAUCCUUCCGGCUGCUUCCCUCAGCAGCAACAACAGCAGCGACAGCAGCAGCAGCAGACACUGCGGACUACUCGGCACCAGCAUCCUCGACGUGCUCUCCAGCGCCUUCAGCAGCGGCAACAACGGCAGCUGCAGCACCAACGGCAGCAUGCAGCAGGUUUGCUGCGCUUCAUGGAAAGGCCUGCGAGCUGCUGGCUUCUUUUGUCUCUUCUCUGCAGCCAGCAGCAAGAGCAAAGGAAGUCUGCUGCCUCCUCUCGCAUGCAUUGGUAGACCGACUUAUUGCUGCAGUGCAACAAGCAGAUUACGCAGCACAGUCCCAGUUGUUGCAGCUGCUUCGCGUUGUCAUCGUACACUCAAGCCAGACAUCUGCGGGCUUCUCCCAGGCCAGCAAGUGCAUUCUGGACAGCAGCAGCAAUGAGCUACAGCAGCUGCUGCAGCAACAGCUGCCGCAGCGUCCACCAUCGCCUUCGGCAGCAGCAGCUGCUGCUGCUGCUCUGGCUGCUGCUUCUGCUGCCUCAGCUGUUUCUUCUCCAACUGGAGCACUUGCAGUCCCUGAAGCGGUAGAGCCGUCAUCACAGCAGGAGCAGAUGCAUCAGCAGCAAUUUCCACUGUUUGCUCUAGGUGUGCAGCACAUGAAGGCAAGGCUCCAGCACCUGACGCCCCUUACUGAAGACUUUGGAGGCUUGUUACGGGGCCUGCUGCUGGCGAUGCGCGUUGACGAUACGGCAGCAGCAGCAGCUGCUGCUGCAGCAGCAAGGGACGCAGCUGUCGAGGAGGCAACGGAGCUUUCCCUCUUUUUACUGCAGCAUCUUCCUGCUACUCAGCUGCAGCCCGUUUCUGUGGUGCUGCUCGACUUCUUCUGUCGCUUGCUGCUGCGCGCUGCCGUCGGCCGCAAUGCAAAGCCGACUUCCCGCACCCGCAGGAUUUGCUGCAACAGCAGCUGCAGCAGCAGCAGCAGCAUGAGUUCGCGAAUGCUGCUGCCGUAUUUGCGGGGAAUUUUGGGCGUCUUAAAUUUCUCCCUUGACUCCGUUUCGAAGAGCGACUUGGCUAAGGAGUCAUCUUCUGAGACAGGCGGACUGACGCCUUUCUUGGAUCUAUUCUCGUGGCAUACUGCUGCUGUUAGCGAAGAGGAAGCACUUCAGCAGAAGCUGCAGCAGAGACUGCCUGCAAUUGCUGCUGCAGCGCAUAUGACCGUAUCGGCUUGCGUAGCUGCAGCAAACCUCGUGCUGCCUUCACUGGAGCAGCAGCAGCAACAACAGCGGGAUGGCGAUGGGGUUGCAUAUGGCAGUAGCAACAGCGGCGGAGACGUUGCUUCAGUCUGGCCUGCUGCUAGCGCGCUCCUGUAUGAGGAUGUAGAUACCUCAGAGCCUCCGAGUAGUCCAGCAGCAGCAGCUGCAGCAGCAGCUGCUUCGGUCUGCAGCAGCCAGCAGCAGCAGCAGCAACUCGCCGACUGCACAGGCGUACACUUAACGCAUGCUGAUGAGGCCGCCCUUUCCCUCUUGACCCAAAUACUAGACAGGCUGUUUGCAAGGACCUUGUUGGCUCCGCUAUUGGGUUUACUGCAAGACGCUUCAAAGGGUGUGGGAUUCGGCGGUGCUGCAUCUGCUUCUGUGUCUCCGUCUUCUUGCCUGCUCCACCUCUCUCCUCUUGCUGCUGCUGAAGAACGGGCAGCUGGAGCAGCAGCUGAGGGACCUGCAGCAGGCCAGGAAGCACCGGCAGAAAGAGCAGAUGUAGAUGCUGCUGCACCUUCCACAGCAGGGGGAGCUUCUGCAAUAUCAGGUGCAGAAGCAUCAGCACCAGCAGCAACAACAGCAGAAGCAGCAGCAGCGGCAGCAGCAGCAGCAGGCCGCGAGAGCAUGGAGAAGCUGCUACAACAGGCAGGGCUUGCAGAGGCACAUAACCCGCGGGAGAGCAUCAUUUUUCACAUGGUGUAUACUCUGGUUGUUGCUGCGUACCCCCCUCCUUUUGUGAGCUUCUGUUCUCUUUGCACAUCGGCCUGCCGCAUGCAACAACAGCAGCAGCAGGCGCCCUUGGGCACAGCUGCUGCUACAGUGGCGGCGGCAGCGAAUCUUGACACAGCAGACGCCGCCUCGAACAGCAGCACAAGCAAUACCAGCAGCAGCAGCAACAGCAGCAGCAGCACGGAAAGUGACGUGGAGGUUGUGUGGAAACUUCUGGGGCGUUUGGUGUCGUUCUCUGUCUCCGCCCCACGGCAGCCGCUGUCUGUGCUGUGGCUGUUUGCUGUUGUCUUCGCCUUAGACAGAACAAAGCCUGCCAAGGAACACUUCCUUGCCUGCAAAAGGGUGCGGCGGGACAUGCACGAGCUGUUCCGACUUUGUUGUUUUGUGGCUUUGGGUUGUUUUUCUCAACGCGUGGGUACAGCAGCAAAUCCCAACGGCUUCGACACCUCUCCACCUCUUCCCCCCCCAGUGGAUAUCCUGAACCAGGCACUAGCGGUUCCCGCUGCGGCGGCAGCCCCUGCUGGAGCAGCAGCUUCUGCUCCUGCUGCUGGGAUUUCUGCAGCUCCUGCUGCUGCGGUUGCGGAUGAGGAGGGAGGAGGUUCUAGAGAAGGCGUGUCUCCAGCAGCUGCGACGCCAGGGUUUCUGCUGGAGACAGGAGGCAACAGCAAUAGCAGCAGCUGCUGCAGCAGGACGGAAAACGCUUUGUUGCUGCAAGAGCUACAGCGCAGGCUUGCGCUGCUUCAGCCUCCAUCUUUAGCUGCCCCUUGCUGCACAACCGAAGCCAACAAAGCUGUUGCAAGUCGAGCGAGCAAUUCGGCUGUCUCCUGUCCAACAACAGCUCCAGCUGAUGUCGCAGCAGUGUUUGGCCUAGCAGCGCUCCUCAUGCAGUGUGCAGAUCUGAAGCAGCUGAAUCGGCGGAGCCCUUUGACGAUGUUAUUUUUGCAAACCCUAACUGAGGAGCUUCAGGGGAGCAUCGCGCAAGCGAUGGGCAGCACUGCCCCACAGGGCUUCCUUUUCCGCUUCUUGCUGUUAUCGCUGCUGCAAGCCUUUCCUCUGCGGCUGUUCCCCGCAGCAGCAGCAGCAGCAGCAGCAGCGUCGCUGCGUCGUUUGCUGCUGGAGGAGCUUCAGAAGCCGUUGUUGUUGCAUUCAGACCGCAGGACUCUCAGGGCUCUAGGAGAGGCCCUUGCCUGCUCUCUAACAUCGGAGACACCGAAGCUCGAUGUUAUUCUCCCGCCACCCAACGCCGGCGUAAACCCUGAACCCUAA